CAGCUGGCCAGAAUAUGGGAAUCUACAAAGGACAUUGCUUCCGAAUCAACCAUUUCCCUGAAGACAAUGACUAUGACCAUGACAGCUCAGAAUACCUUCUCCGCAUUGUCCGUGCCUCCAGCGUGUUCCCCAUCCUAAGCACAAUAUUACUGUUGCUGGGAGGACUUUGUGUCGGAGCAGGAAGGAUUUACAAUAGCAAAAACAACAUUAUUCUCAGCGCUGGGAUUCUUUUUGUUGCAGCAGGACUAAGUAAUAUCAUAGGGAUCAUUGUCUACAUAUCAAGCAAUGCAGGUGACCCAAGUGACAAGCGAGAUGAGGACAAAAAGAACCAUUACAACUAUGGUUGGUCUUUUUAUUUUGGAGCCUUGUCUUUCAUUGUGGCUGAAACCAUAGGCGUUCUGGCUGUGAACAUUUAUAUUGAGAAGAACAAAGAGCUGCGGUUUAAGACCAAGAGGGAAUUCCUUAAGACUUCUUCCAGUUCUCCUUAUGCCAGGAUGCCAAGUUAUAGAUACAGGAGGCGGAGGUCCAGAUCCAGUUCUCGAUCUACAGAGCCUUCCCCAUCUAGAGACAUUUCUCCGGUUGGCAUGAAGAUAGCAAGUACCAUUCCCAUGAACGAAAUUUCCAUGUACACUCUUUCCAGAGAGCCCUUGAAGGUUACAACUGCUGCCAGCUACAACGCAGACCAAGAAGCCAGCUUUCUGCAGGUUCAUAACUUCCUUCAGAAGGAAUUUAAGGAAGGACUCCACGUCAACAUGGUCAACAGGAGAACGACGCCUGUUUGAAAUACCUUGUUUCCUUGUGCUUUUUGAAGAAAUAUCAAAAUAGAAUGGAUCUUUCAUGAAAGAGAAGGAGCAAUGUUAAAAUACCCUAUCACCUCUCUAAUUGUGGCAUGUGUUGAAGUAACAAGUGGAGAUCCUCUGGACCAACAAAAGAUAUUACAUGCUCAUAGCUUUUUUGAAGCUAUUUGGAGUUUGUUUCUUUCAGUUCUUGGUGUCACGAGAUGAAGGCAGUUCAUGUUCCUGCACUUUUGUAGUGUGUACAAUGUCUCAGUGAAACUGCGAAAGACUUACCACCAGUGUGUUUUAAAGGAUUACAGAAGAAUUGCUGUAUGCCUUUUUUUUUCUAAAAAUGAGAUCCCAUCCUAUAAACUUGCGAAUAUAAUUUAUAACCAAGCCCAAGGAUGAAUAUGAACUACUCCUCAAGUGAUCCACUUUCCUUUGAUACAGGAGAAGCUUUGCCUCUUUAAAAAAAAAGUAAAAGAAAAGAAAAAUAUGGCUGAAACUGGCCUGUGCUACUGAAACUGUAGGGCACCCAUGUACUGAGUGUUACAGGACUCCCUGAUGGGGCAGUCUUCAGGGGGUCUUCUACUUCUGCUCUUAGGCAUAGCCAUGUGCAGCGGGUGUAAGGCAUCCCUCCAGGCAAUGCAGAUGAAGGGGAGGAAGAGGGUGGGUGCAUCUGAAAACACCUAGAAGGGGAAGGGUGAAAGUAGGUGGGACUUGAGCAUAUUGCAAAUAUCAUUUCUUGCCUAACAUUUAGAAAACUUGAAUUCUCAUUACGACUAGCCCUAGUGCCUGAUCCUGCAAGGUGCUGAGUGCUGUCAGGAGCAGGCCCCUAUAGACUACUUAUUGCGGGAGCGAGAAGCAGAGCUGGGCCGGGGCGGCCAGCACGGGUGAAACUGCUGGUUCCAUGCGAUUGCAUUCCUGUUUUCCUUCCUGCUUCGCAAGUGCAACACUAACGCUAAAGGAAACUAAGAUAUCUAAGCAAUGCGUGUAAGAAAAUGAAAAGCUAAUGUGUUUGGACUAGCAAAUCUUCCUGCAGCAAUGGGAACUGAGCGUUAACAUAAUGGAUGACAACUUUGUAUUUUUUAAACUAGAACAAAAAAUAAUCAUCGUUUAUGAGAUAUUUAUUAAACUCUUUUUAUUAUGAAUAAGUGCCGCAUGGUGCAAGGUAUAGUUGCUUUUAGAUGGAAACAAUGGUUCAACCUAAUUUAAUUUAUUUUGUAAUGAUGGAUCUACUUAUGUGCAGAGAGCCCACAAAAAACUCUAUGCAUCGCAUAAGGGAAGGGGGGGGGUUAAUUUGUACCCUUUUUGCUUCUAUAUGUUUCUAAAAAGGUCUGAAAUUUUUUUCUUUUAAAUUUCUACUUUUAUUUUUACAUUUAGGCUUGGAUUCUCAAAGCUCAAGGGCCUGAUUCAAAGGUAAUUUACUCUGAUAGCAGUCCCUUUGCUUUCAGUGACCACUCAACCAAGCCUUAUGAGAAUUAGGUGCCCCCUGGAUGAAUUGGGGGCAGUGAGAGAGGAGCAGCUAAUUCCUUUAGAUUCCUUUGAACAUACCUAGGUCUUCUUUGCCCUGAAAAAUCUUUCAUACCAGAAGCCUAAAGAAAAGGUGACAAGAAAAAAACAUGAUUUAGAAAGCUUGACUCACUGAUGGUGGGAGAUCUCAGCCAAAUUGUUAAAACCACUUUAGUCUUCUAAGUUAUGCUGUAAUGCCCACGGCGUCAGUGACUCUGAUAUUCGGGUACAAGACUUUCAGCUAGCGGAACCAACUCCUCCAGUGAAACCCCGCAGGAGCUGCCUUAACAUCCCAAAAGGCAAGUUGGGAUACACUAGCAAAUCCUGUUUAGGCCUCUGUCCCUGAAAGAACCAAAACAUAGUUCUCAAUUUUAAAAGAAAGUCUUCCCCUAGUCACUUUUAUGCUCUGUUUAGCCUUCAGCCUAGCAGAUAGACACAGUAGUAUUUUGGCAAGCAAUCCAACGAAGGUGGACUGGAGCCUUCAUCCCUGUUUAUUAAGAAUUUCCAUUCAGGUUGAAACUCUGCUGGGAUCUUUUUUCAAACCUCUGAAUUCUGAGAGCUAAAAUAAAUGGAGCAAUGAGAAUUAUUUAAAGGUAGACAAGGUUGUGCUACUUCCUACAUCAAGACACUAUGGAGAAAGGUAUUACACAAGCUUUUUAAAAAAAAUCCAAACAGAGGCAGACAAGAACAAUUUUUUUACCUGCUUUUCAGCUAGGACAACAUAAAAGAGUUCUAAAAUUAUUAAAAUUCUUGACGAAAGGUUUUUUUUACAAAAAUCUUUAUGCUUUGAAACAAUAAAUUAUUUCCUACUUUUUGAGACUUCGUAAUAUUAAAAUACUUUGAUUAGCUACAAUAGAAGUAGAAGUUUGCAAUGAAAAAAAACCUUCUGUCUCAUUAGUGUGUCAUACUAAGUGCUAAUUAAUUUACAUCUAAUUAUAGUCGAUGUAUUUUUCAAGUGCAAUUUCCCAGAACUAUUUGUUUCCCACUGUGUUAAUAAACUAAUAGUUAGAAAUAAGUCCUCAUCUGUGUUUACUGUAAUUAAGAAUAAAAUCAUUCCCUUUAAAACCAGGAGUUAGAUGUAGGCUGUCUUCUAAACUCAUGUACAUUGAACUGAAAGGUGACAGUGUGAGGUUUGAUUUGCUCUUUGGUUUUGUCUUUCAAUCAUAAUUUCCCAGUGAACGUGUUUAAAACCAACAAUCUGAUUCCAGCCAAAGCGUGAGGCUUUUGUAAAGCACGGGUCGGACCUCUAGAGAGGCAUGUGGGGAUGUUUGGACAAUACUUUUACACUACGUCCACAAAACUUCUUGCCAAACGUUUCAGGCUGUUCCUCUUGGCCGCUGAGCCAGCUGACCACGCAGUCGUUUUCGUUCAGCAACUCUUGCCCUAGAGUCUGUGCUGAUUUCCCCAGCUCUCUGCUCUCUGAGUGCAAGACGCUGAGAUAGGGACACAGUGCCCUACUUCGGUCUGAGCCAGAGCAUUUGCUCAUUCUUGAACGGGCACAUUUGAAAAAUGGAAUUUAGGCAGGGAACUAUUCUUCGUGGUGUGAUACACGGUCUGGACAGGGAACAAAGGCACGAGGAGAUAACAGGGACCUGGACUUCAGUCCUGUAGGAGAAUGAGUGACUGAGUUAAAGCUCCCAUAAGUCAUGGCCUAUGUCAAAUUACAGUGCACUAUUUUGUUCAACCAAAGCAAAAAAAUGUUGUUUCAGUUGAGAUUUCCAAUGAAAAAGCUCCUCCGAAAAUCAGUCUUUUCCUGUGGAAAACUUUGAUUCUGACAAAACUGAAAAACUUGCAGCAUUCCUACGCAUGAACAGCAUCGUUCUCUGUGGCUAAUCCAUCUGAAAUGAAUUAGAUUAUUCUUGGACUUUGAAACCACUCAGUGAUAGUUAAAAACAAAAAUCAUCUGUUCUUCCAUCUCUCUCUGUUUCUCCCUGGACAGCAUCUAAUACAAAUUAGCCUCAAUUUCUGAAUAAGGCCUGCAGAUAUCAUCAUCAUAUCAUUAACAGUAAUCAGUCUUUUGAUAUUAUCCUAUGAUAUAUUAUAAUACACUAUAAUAGCAGACCUAAAAAGAAAUGCUAUUGGAUCAGAUUUGAUUUUCUGAGAAAUAAAGUUUCAGGUAUAUUGUAAGCUCUCUCUUCCUGGUUGCUUACAGAAUAGUAGUAAAAUGAGAAAUUACUUCAUUUGCCCAUAUUUCUAACAAUAAACUAUUUUUAUAUUUCCUUUUCUUUCUUUAUGUAUCACAUUUCCACAAGGGCUAAUAUACCAUGUCCCUUGAGGCUACAUUUCUGUCUGCAGUUUGAAAAUGUUAUUUCCACUGUGCUUCAGUUCUACCAGUAUAAUCACAAGUGUGUAUAAUGUACUUAAUCCUUAAUUUUUAAAUAAACCAUUUUAAAUGUA